GUUGUAAGGCAGGCCAACCCCUGUCAAGUCUCGCUGGCCGGAGCUGAUCAGUGCAUUUUAAACCAUUGUUCGAUUAGCACGUGUUAAUAUAAGCAUUUUGUCAAGUUUUGUCGUGUUUUAGCGCGUGGUUUGGAAGGUUCAACGUCGCAAUUGGUAAUCACGUGACUUUUGGUGGAUAAUUCAGAUGCAAUCAUGUUGUGGAUAUCGUGGUACUUGUGGUGUGGAAAACGAUAGGCAUUUUUUGGAUUUAACUAUUUGGAGAUAGCCGGUGCUCGUGCGUUUGACACUCCGCGGAUGACCAGCAUUGCACCUCAAUUUGAUAUGAACCACCUCGGACUAGAACCUAUCCAAGUUGUGAUAUCCACGUUGACAUCGGUGCUUCCCCCUAGCUCACCAACUGCUUUCGUUCAGGCACCAGUGUUGGAAUAGUGGUGAACGUGAGCCAGCAAUGAAGUGCGUCGCAGAACCGUCGGUGUUGGUAGCAAUAUUAUCUGGUUAGUUUUGCUAGGAUUUACGCGUGCGCGAAGUCAUGCCGGAAAAAGAGGUGCUUUUCAAUGCGAUGCCACCGCCCCCGGGGAUGACACUGCCUCUGCAGUUCCCGCCUUCGGCAUUCGCCGCCUUCCAUCACGCGCCGCUCCCCGUCGAUCAGCGCACUCACGAGGGCCGCUACCUCUGGGAUCCCGCCUCCGGACGAAUAUUGCAUCCGGACGCCGCCCCCACCGCCUUUCAUCAUCCUGCUCAUGGGCUGUCGGGAGCGGUGUCUCGACGGGGUGGUGUGUUGCCACCCCCUCACCACCCCCAGGCUGAGUUCCACCCCGCUUACAGGCUCAACCCUUACAUGGAACUCUACUCCUCGCUGCAGCACGCUAGCCCCACUUCCUCUCUACACGGGUUGGCAUUGCCUCCGGACUACCUGACUACUAGGACGCUCUCUGACCUGCAGCAACCCCCUCCACCCCUCACCAGUUCAGAAUUUCCCUUCUCUCUCAAUGGUUCGCGGCUCGCCAGCCCGCGAUCGAACAGCGUGCUCCGUCAGAGCCGCAAGCGACCUCUGUCAGUGUCACCCUACUCGGACUCACCCCACGCACUCGACAUCAACUCCAUGAUUCGCUUCUCGCCAAACUCACUCGUCUCCGUUGUCAGCUGCUCGAGAAGUUCCAGUGCAAGCGCCAGCGGCUCCUAUGGACAUCUCUCUGCUGGAGCGAUCAGCCCUGCGCUAGGCAUGCACCCGACUAUGGCGCCGCACCUUCAACAGCUUCAGGCGCACCUCCUCAGGUCAGGGGGUCUUCUGCCCCCCCUUCACCCACACACACCACCCACCGCCCUCUACCCGCACUCCCUACCUCCUACCGAACUGCUCUCGGCUAAAUCUGAAGUACUGAGCGAACCAUGCAAGAAGUCGGACAAGGUGCGAGCGGAAGCGGACACCAGUGGCGGAGGCGGAGGUGGUAGUUCGUCGCGCAAGGCGUCAAAAGUGAAGCGCGAGUCGAAGCAGUCGCAGUCGUGGCAGCCGCCAGCCGCGUCGCUCGCACAGGCGACAGACUCGCCCGAGUCGGCGGGCGGCGACCUGCGGGACGAGCCGGGCGACUUUGUGGAGACCAACUGCCAUUGGAAGGGCUGCGGCGUCGAGUUCGCCACCCAGGACCACCUGGUCAAGCACAUCAACAACGACCACAUCCAUGCCAACAAGAAGGCUUUCGUGUGCCGCUGGCAGCAGUGCUCUCGCGAGGAGAAGCCGUUCAAGGCGCAGUACAUGCUCGUCGUGCACAUGAGGCGGCACACCGGUGAAAAGCCACACAAGUGUACUUUUGAGGGAUGCACAAAAGCAUAUUCGCGGUUAGAGAACCUGAAAACACAUCUUCGAUCUCAUACAGGGGAAAAACCGUAUAUGUGUGAAUUCCCUGGCUGCAGCAAAGCCUUCAGCAACGCAUCUGACAGAGCAAAACACCAAAACCGAACACAUUCAAGCGAGAAACCGUAUGCGUGCAAAGCGCCCGGCUGCACAAAGCGCUACACGGACCCGAGCUCCCUUCGCAAGCACGUGAAAACAGUUCACGGCGCCGAGUUCUACGCGAACAAGAAGCACAAGGGCGGCAACAACCGGAGCCCGGGCGAAGGCAGCGGGGGCGGUACGGGAGGUGGUGGAUUGUCACCGUCUCGUAGCGAGGACAUGCCGAUGAGUGCGAAGACGGUGAGCGUGUCGUCGCCCAGUGUGAAGUCGGAGGAGACGGGUUCGCCUCCCGCGCCGCACGGCAGUCCCGCAUCGGUGCAAAUGCACCACGCACCCUUCUGCGACGAGCCGGUCAGCGACUCCAAUGUCAGCACCGAGUCGCAUCCCAACAUCGACGACAACUGGGUCGAGGAGGCUCAGGAGCAUGAUCUGUACGACCUGCCAGUUGAGCUGCAAGCGGUGGUCGCCCUGGCUCCUCCACCCCCCGCACCGCGGCACCACCUCCACCACAACUUGAAGGCCAAACUGCAGGCGAAGCCCGGGGGCGGUGGUCACCGAGGAGGCGGUGGUGGCGGAGGUGGUGUAGGUGGCCGACUGAGUGGCCUGACUGACAUCAGCUGGCGCAUCAACGACCUGAAGAUGGGUGGAGGCGGUGGAGGUGUCGAGGCCAACGUCAGACGCGACUCCAACUCGACGGUCAGCACCUACUAUGGCAGCAUGAAGUCCACCGAUCUCGACUCAAGUCGUCGUAGCAGUCAGGUCUCUCAUGUUUCGCAUAGACCCAGCAUGGGAUCUUUGUAUGAUCCGAUCUCAGUGGGCUCUUCGCGCCGCUCCAGUCAGCUCAGCACCAACCUUGUUCUACAGGUUCCAAACUGGGGCCAAACGAUGACGGCGGCAGCGAUCAACAGUACACCUCCCAGCAGUGCAGCGCCGACCACCUCCAAUGUGCCUUCGGACAGCCGACGCAUGUCAGAGCCCUGCCAGGCGACCAAUGUGCGCUGCCCCUCACCGCCUCCACGGCCCCGCAGUGCCCUGCCUCCCCACCACCACCACCCCAACCAGGAGGUGGUGCUCGACGAGGUCGGCGAGGGAGAGAUGCUCGAGAGUCGCCUUGUGCUGCCUGAUGACAUGGUCAUCUAUCUCAACCAGAUGGCUGAAACUGGCAAUCAAUCAAGUAGUGCCAAUGAAAGCAGCCGGCAACCGGGCAUGUCUCCACGGAGCCAGACCACUCAACAGGGCAUUGCUCGCAUGAGUCCCAGACCUGCCACCUGCUCGAACAUGAGUGUAGGCAGUCCUCUAUCGAACCCCAACAGUCCUCUACAAAACUUCCCACUUGCGGCUAGUCCAAACCGUGCCAAUAUGAGGAUCAACAAUGCUGGUGCUUCCACUCAUCAAAAUAACAUGCCACCUGUUCAUCAGCAGAUGAAUCGACCUGCCAUGGGAGGUCAGCAGGCAAACUUCAUUCCACCGACAAUGAAUCAGUGUCGAUCAUUCCAGAAUGUUGGAUCUCAGCAGAAUAAUAUGCAACAUCAUCACCUCCACAAUCAACAUCAACAGCAUCAUAAUCACAUGAAUGCAGGAAACCAAGAGUGUGGAAGAGCGAUGAGUGUUGAUCAAAUGCAGCAACCCAUGCAACCGAGAAUUAAUCAAAUGUGCAAUGAUAACAAUAGGCCACCUGUGAUGUCGCCUCAGAGGCCGAAUGCCAAUCAAGGUGGCAUUGCUCGCAUGAACCAGAUGAGUCCUCGACCUCCCACAUGCUCCAACAUGAGUGUUGGCAGUCCUGCUCAUAAUAUGUCAAAUCCCAACAGUCCUCUUCAGAAUUUUGCUCAGCAGCGACCAAUGGUGUCAAGGACCAAUCCAGUGCUCAGUCCUGGCCUUCAUGGAAACCAUCCACAGCCCAUGCCGAAUAUGAACUACAACAUGCCAAGUCCUGCAAUGAUGCAGCCUGACCACCAGAUGAACCAUCGACCAACUCCGGCAGCUAUGAACAACUUUGGAACAAUGCCAGCGAUGCAUAGUGGUAACCAGCAGCAGAAUGGCCACCACAUGAAUCAGCCAACUAUCAACCCCAUCCAUCAUCACAACCCGGAUGGCAUGAAUCAAACACAAAACAGUCCUCUCAGUCCACCAAUCAGAGCAAUGAGCAACUGCUCAAUGAACAGUCCCCAGCACAACAUUGCUCCUCCCCGACAACAACAGCCUGAACACGUCAUCAGUCCAAUGAGUGCAGGAUGUUGUCAAACCUACAACAACAAUGGAGUGAAUCAACAACAACCUUUGACUAGUCCUGCCGCAGCAGCAACCGCUCCCGUCCAGACACAGAACUUCCCACAGACCAAUCAGAUGGCGAGGACUUGCAACUGCAACAACCACCAUUGUGCGGCGCAUCAACAACACCAGGGGGCAAUGAUGCAGCAGCCCCACGAACAGGCGGCCAUGUGCAAUACUAACAACAACAUGAUGCCGAUGGGUAAUCAUGUUCAUUGUGCUACUGGUAAUGCUGCGAUGAUGAGGUGUUCCAAUCACACAACGUCUUGUGGCAACCAAAUGAACAGCAAUUGUGCAUCGCAGCAAAUGAUGUGCAACACAACGGUUCCACACAAAUGCAACAGCAACCAUCAAGGAGGCUAUUGUCAGCCGCAACCCUUCUGUCACAAUGCGGCGCCGGCCUAUCCCAACGCAACUGAAGUGAAGGAGGAGAUCCAGUGCGGUGUAGUUAGCCAAAGUCAAACCCAGAACCACAUGCCUCCCGAGGCUUACCGGCGAACCCUCGAGUACGUGGAACAGUGCCAGUCAUGGGCUGUCUCCAGCUCCACGCAUCCAGCUGCCAACUCCAGCAACAUGGUCAUCAACGACAUGACGUCAUCACUCAAUUCACUCCUUGAAGAAAAUCGCUAUUUCCAAAUGAUUCAGUGAGCGCCUUCUACAACCUAAUUCCACCUUACUAACAAACUAUAAAAUGUUUCCUAAUAAACACACCUGUUCGAUCUCAAAUAAACCAGACACUUUCCAAUUUGACAAAUAUGAAUGAACAUUGAAUCUGUUAGAUUGAAUCUACAUGGAUCCUGAUCAACAGUUAUAUUUUUCACUGCUCUAAUCUUUUAUAAGUUGUAUGUCCGAGAAAAAUACUAGAAAAUAUUUUGAAAUUGAUUAAACUUAGCAGAUGAACUCCAGAUUUUUAACCAGUCUUUUUUACAUAUACUAGCCACAUUUCAACUUAUAAACUGAGAAAGGUCUGUGUGAACUCAUAUAAUAAGUUGAGCAUUUUAGAAUAAUUAUCAACUACUUAUUUUUCAUCUCCAUUAGCCAAUAAAAGCAUUUCAUAUUUCAAUUCUCACGCAUUAAAAGGUCGCUUGAUUAUUUCUAAAUAGCGGAAUACCUAUUUUGUUUUUCUUAUCAAGUAUAAUAGUAAUAAUAAUAUCUAUUAUUAUUUUAAGUACCUAUUAUCAUUUUUGCUUAUCAUAGUUUAUCUAUCACAAAAUGUUUUAUAAUUAUGACUGCUAAGGACAGUUAAAUCCUUUCUAAUUCUCUUUAGAUUUGAUUUCCAAACAGAAAAUUUUCCUUGUUUCUCUCAAGUUGGGUCAAACUAUAAACCACUCAGUAAAUGACAGUAAACGAGUUCAUAAUGAUCAUUAAACAUUGAUGCCCGAUUGGACAAAUGAUUGUUCAGUUUUAAUCAUUACUAAAUGCCACGAGAACCAAUCAGAAAAAGCUUUUUCGAAAAUAAGGUCUCCCUGAUUGGCUAUCUUGGAAUUUAAUAUCCAAUCCCGAUUAAAAUUUAACUAGAUUCCGUGCAACUGACACUGAUACUAUCACACUUAAUCAUUGAAUUAGGUUCUUAUGUUGAUUGGAUGUCCGAAUUUAUUGAAUCAUGUUAUUUCCUCCUGUACAAAAAUUCAUUUAAUAGAGUAGUGUAUUGUAAAUGUUUCCAGUCUCUUUUCGAAAAACGAAAAAUAUAUUGUAUAUAAUUCUGACUCCAAGUGAUCUAAAAUUAUUAUAAUAUUGUUUUGUACAGUAAAUAUGUCGUUUUAGUUGUGAAUGAAUUUCAGAUCAUUUUUUAUGUAGGCUAAUAAGGUAUUUUCCAAGCAAUAACGAGGCAAUCUAUCUUACUUAGUUGAUCAUGCAUUGAUACCGAAAGGUGUUGAAAUCUCUUGUUACCGUAAAUUCAAGUAAAUCGCAAAUUUUAAAGCUACUUGCUCAAACAAUUCAAUGUUGCGUGCCUACGAUAUAAUUUUGAUCGCUGAAAUUUGUGAUUUGAAGCCUAUUUCAUUAAUGUUUCAGUCUCAGUCUCAAGUUAAAUAAUUUGAUUUCAUAAUCUUUAUGUUAUUUUUGUACUGAAUGUUGAUCAUUUUGAAACGUGGAACACCAUGUUUUUUAAUUCAAUCAAGUGAAAAGAUAGUUUUAUAUGUUUUGAAUUUUAAUAAGCUCUUGCUUUUUAUAUUUUUGGUUGUGAAUAGGUAAAUUAUGUAAUAUUGACCUUACUCCUUAAUUGUGGAAACAAUUUCUGUCUUUCAAACAGUUUUUUUGUAAACUAGUAAACAAGAAAUAUUGUUUUUCCAAAUUUUCCUAAUUCUAUCAUUCUAAUGUUAUAUCAAUGAUGUAUUCUCAUAGUGUUAUUUCUCGUGUUUAUAAAAUGUCGAUCAUUUUGAAACGUUUUUUAUGAGGAAGUCAAAUAAUAGAAAGAUAUUUUUCCUCUGCUAUGAAUUAAAAAAGAUCCAUGUUUUUGUAUGUGAAUAAUUUUUCAAUUGAGAUUCUGAAUUGUAAUAAUUGAUCUCUCUUUGAUUGAAAAAUUAAUUUUUUAAUAAAUUGGUUUAUUGAUUUUUCUGAAUAUAAUAUUCUCUAGAUGACGUAGUCUAUUUUUAGAUCGAUUAAUUUUUCCCAGAUUCGUAUUUAGUAGGUACGUUUGAAUGUAUUAAAUAUAUUCAUAUCAUGGCCGCAACAUUAUAAUGAAAAUUCUAUUCAGCACCAAAAAUUGGGAAAAAUAUGAAAUGUUGAUGUAAUUUAGGAAAUUUGGAACCCAUUUUACCUAGCAUGCAAAGAUUUUUGCCUAGCGAUCAUUCAGAGUAUAUAAUUAUAUUAUUUGUAUGUGUAUCAUCUAUUUAUAAAUCUUAAAUAGGAUAAUGAAUAUAAUUUAUUAUCAUAGAGUGUUGUAAUGAUUGGAAUGUUACUUUGUGGUACAAAUUUUUAACAUAUUUAAAUUGCCUGUGUCGAAAAUUUCAUGUACUAUCUACUAGUAUUAAAGUGUGUAAAUUUAUAUGUGUUUAAUUUACAUAGCAGAGAACAAAAUUUUGUAAUAUUUGUAUUGUAAUUCGUUUAAUAGAUUGUGAAACUAGAGCUUAAAUAUAGUAUUGUUUCAAAUAUAUGAACUGUCUUUCCAA